AUUCACAUUUCAGCACCAAACACGGUUGCCCGAAUGAUCGGUGCCGUUUCUUUGGUUUUCUUUACUGUCGGAGUUGCAGCUAUCUAUGGAUUAGAUUUGGAAAACGCUGGAGACUUUGUUCUUCCAUCCGGAGAUUUCAUUGAUCUCAUCUCACGUGACUCUGAAAAUCUUCCGGAUCUCUCCUCUUUUGGAGUCAAGCAUAUCUCUGGUGGAGCUGGCGAGGGAGAACAGAAACUUCUUGAGGAGGACAAUUUCCAAGAGAGGCAAGAAGUGAAAGUAGACAACGUUCUUCCCGCAUACUGCGAGCCACCAAAUCCAUGCCCAGUUGGGUUCACAAAGGAACACGGAUGCUUGGAGGAGUUUGAAAACAGUGCAGAGUUUUCUAGAAACUACCAAGCAGAUCAACACUGCAUCUGCGACCAGGAGCAUAUGUUCAACUGUGCCGAGAAAGAAGCUCAAGACGUCAGUGAGUCCCUCCAAAAAAUCCUUGAAGAAAACAACAUGCACGCUAACACAAUCGCAAAGAAGUUCCAUGACAAGCGAAGCUCCGAUGAGUAUGUUCCACGUCGCAAGCGUUCAAUCCCAAGCUCAGCACACAAAGUCAACCCGUACCUUCAAGGAGAGCCAUUGAGAUCCAUGCAGAAGAAGAAUGGCAAACAUUCGUGGUAAAAAAUUCCUGAACAUUUUUUAUUUGAUAAUCAAAAGCCUUUUAUUGCCUAUCCCCCUGUCCAUCAUCCAUCGCGCCCACCGAGUGUAAAUUUCUUUACCCGAAAUAAAACUUUAUUUCUGUU